AUGGGGAAGAAGGCGAAGAAACCCGGGAAGGGGAAGGAGAAGACGGAGAGGAAGACCGCCAAGGCUGAGGAGAAGCGCGCCCGCCGAGAGGGCAAGAAGGUCUCCGAGGAGGACGACAUUGACGCCAUUCUUGUAAGGAAGAGGCAAAUCAUGAUGGCUGUACCUUUAUUAUUAUUAUUAUUUAAUUUUUUUCGCGUUUGGGCCUCGUUGAUUUGGUAACCUCUUUCUAUCUAUCAGAGGAACAUCCAGAAAGAGGAGGCCAAGAAGAAGGAGGUGCACAUCCAGGAUAAUGUCCCUGGGCCGUCACCCCGGUCGAACUGUUCGGUGGGUGUUUGCUGCUUUCUUCCUACGAGUCUGUGUACUAGAAAGUAGCUCAUAUUUAAAAAAAAAACGUUUUUUCAGUAGUUAAUUGUAAUUUUGGGAAAUUAUUUUCGGAAAUUGCUACCCUUAUUGUUACUUUCUGCAUGCCUAAAUUUGAUGAAUUGCGAAUAACUUGAAAAUUAAAAAAAGCCCUGCGUGAUUUGAAAUGCUUAACUUUUUCUACAUAUUGAGACAUGUAGUUUCUAUUCUGCUUAUGCUGCAUGUUAAUUAUCUAUUUCGUGAGUUUAACCAUGACCUCUAUUUUUUACUUUUUUCAGUUAGUUAUUAACCCGUUGAAGCUGUCAGAGUUGGUAAUGUAUGGUGGUGAAUUUUACAAUGGGCAAAAGGUCAGUGUGAUUCGUUUUGUGAUGAAAGAAACUGUGGAAAUUUCUUUUCUUUCUAUUCAUAUUAUUGUAAUGGGAAUUCGAUCAAUCAGUGUUUGCUUUGUCAUGGGAAAUCUGUGGACAUGGUAGUGCCAGGCCCGACUACUUCCAUAAUGUUUCCAAUCUGAAGUACCAUCAAACAUACUGCUUGCUUUUUCCAUCAUUAAUUGGUCAAUUUCUCGCUAAGUUAUUGCACCACUUUCUAAUGUUUUCCUUCUGUCCACAUUUAGCUUGGUAAUCUGGGAUAAGAGUGGUGCUGCUGUUUCCUUUUAUAUAAUCAACAUUCUUUAACCAGGUCUAUCUCUCAAAAUAACUGGUUCUUUGCACUUUUUAAUGUUUCAAAAGAAAAAUAUUAUUCUUUAGGUUAUUUUAGUGAUAAGAGAUGGACAGAGCUGUCUAAAUGGUAAAGUAACAAAUGAUGAAUGCAUCUACUAUGAAUAGAAAUUGGAAUUUUUUGAGUGUGGUUUUGGGUUUGUGAUUAUGCAUUGAAUCCUCCAUCUUAGAAAUUUAUAAUCUGCACUCUAUUAUAUUAAUCCAUAGUUGCUCUAUAUUAGUGCGAUUAUUUUCUGUAAGGACGUGAAAUGUAAACUUUCAAAUCAUUAACAGGCCAUCUUAUUGUGUAGACAUUUGUUUAUGGAGAUCUAUAUCGGUAUGAUAUAGACAAGAAUGAAUGGAAGUUGAUCUCAAGUCCCAACAGUCCCCCACCUCGAAGUGCACACCAGGCAGUUGCUUGGAAGGAUCAUAUGUAUAUAUUUGGUAUGCAUGGGCUAAGCCCAAUUAUUCUUUAUGGUCUUUAGGCGAAUACCGACCUAUCCACCAAAAUUUAUCAUGUUUAUUUCUUUCCUUCAGGUGGUGAGUUCACUUCCCCAAAUCAAGAACGUUUCCAUCACUACAAGGUACUUCAUUUUUUUUCUUUUCAGUUUCGACUCAUCACUUUUCUUAAAAACCUUUUCUUUCUUGCUUUUUCUUGUUAACACGUCAUUUUUUUCCUGCCAGUAAUUAGAAAUUUAACGACAAUAUAGUGUCGUAAAUCCUGUUGACAUGCCAAAAUUAUUUGCAACCAAAGUCAGUUUUUUUUUUUGGUCUUUCUCUUUUAUGACUAAUUUCCUUGACGAACUAUUAUGGAUUAUCUUCUUCAAUCUUUGAAGCAAUGAAACACUUUCAUGUUCUGAGAAAACCUCCUUGCUUCACAUUUUUACUAGAAUUCUUUCUUAUCGGGGUUCCAUAUGAAGAGUUUCCAACUCUUCACAAAAGUAGACUUGUUGUUUAAAUGUUCAUCAAUUCUUGAGCAGCUAAUUAAUGGAGAUCGGAGUCUUAUCCAUUGAUUAUUGGUUGAUGUCUAAAGAAAAGAAAGACGACUGGAAAAUUUGACUUUGCUUUCAUUGCUACUGCGUUAUCUGUGAUGGGUGAAUUGAUGGAUUCCCAUUCAUUACUUCCCAAUUUAGAGCAAGGGAGGAAUUUUACAUCCCCAUUUUUGAGUAAAUCAAGAGGAUCACAUAUGUGUAGUGGAAUUGCUUUCUGUAGAUUUAAUGGCCAUUUCCUUGGGCCUAUAUGUUCUGGCAUCCAUGUGAGCUGUUGUUUGUAUUCUCAUGGGUUGCCUCACAUGGCUCAGCUAGAUUCCUAACCAAGGCAGACAGACUGAAGAGUAUUUUCGUUCACUGGUGGCCAAGCUUCAGAUAUCCAUGCGGAUAAGUAUUUAUGACUUGAGAAGGUCCAUAUGGGUUGCGGGAGUUAGUCUGGGACGAAAUGAAUUGAUGAAUUACGGUGACUAGGACUAGCUUACCAUGUUUUCCCAAACAAAGUUAAAUGGAGAUGCUGAAACUCUUCAUCUAGCUUCAUCUUCUCAUUCCAUAUGGACAAAGUUUAUCUAUUUAUCAGCAAUGCUGAUUGAUGAAUUGGACCUGUAUCCAGUCAGUUUGAUUCCAUUGGUAUGUGCUAACUUGGAAGGUUAUUUAUUGGCCCCGGAAGAUAUUCACUGAUUCAUGGGUUUCACAAAGACAGCUCUGUGAAAAGUCUUUUAAGUGCAUUCAAAACCGAUCCAACAAUUUACUAUGUUCAUAGUAAUAUUUGUUGACUUCCUAGGAUAUCUAUUAGCUUCAACACCGUCCAAAUUUUGAUAGGUUCAAGUCGUUUUCAUGAUUUCAACCCCAAAAAUUCCUUACCAUUGAAUAUUAUGAGGUUGCAUCGGUGCCAGACUUCCAUUUGUUCAAGAUAAUGUCACAGUUCCAGCGGAAUCUUCAAAAGGGCAUUUGUAAUUUAUUCAACAUUAUCAAUUAGAUUGUACAUUUUGAAAAUUAUUAUUAUAAUUGACAUGGUCUUAUCCGAUCUAAUUUUUUUUCUUUUAUGGCUGUUAGACCGCAGUGUCUGUAUGAACUGCAUUUUACAUUGAGCAUUUCGGUUUGUGUAGAAAUUUUGCCAUCAUCAUUUGUGUUCCUUUUGCACAGGAUUUCUGGAGAUUGGAUUUGAAGUCAAACCAGUGGGAACAACUACUUUUGAAGGGUUGUCCGAGUGCUAGAUCAGGGCAUCGAAUGGUAUGCCUUGGUUUUCUUGUCCUCCAUAGAAGCACUUCUUCUGACUUGUGGUCAAUCAUUGUUCUUUAUGUUGUAAUCUCAUUAAACUACUUUGUGAACUGACGCAGGUGAACAACCCAAUCCCAUUCAGAUAGAUCACUUUGUGUCUUUAUUUUCGUGACUAGAUCUUUGUCCUAUCCUCUUGGAUCCUAGGAGAAAGUGUUAAAUCCCCGAGAUAGUUAUAAACCUUUAAGCUAGGAACAAGGGAAAUCUCAUUGUUUAGCAAGUCAUGUAGAAACUUCCUCUAUCGGUCACUUUUGCCAUCUUUUUUCUUAGUCCUGUUUCCACUUUUAUACACCAAAUUCAUCCAACGUUCUAACACAUUCUCUCUCAUUUCAGCUGUUUUAUGGAUUUUCCCGUUUCUUAUGCUUAGUCUAUCAGAAAAAAUCGCAUAAUAAUUCUUGAUUUUCCUUCCCCGAAAAUUUCUGAUAGAUUAUUUUUUAUGUUCCCCGAGUUCUUUUUAGUUUUUCAGUGUCUAGUUCGUACCAUUAUUUGAAAUAAUUUUUUUUUGCUGGUUUUCAACACUAUGCUAAGGAUUAUGGCUGAGCCGUAAGGCUACAAGUUGAUAAAAAAGGAGCAACAAAUAAUGGCCAUAGGAAUAUUUAUGAAGAUAUGGGUUUGUGCGAUGCAUAUUUAACGGUCAUCUCUUGUGGUUCAAGCGAUAAAUACUAUAUAUUCUCUCAGGAUAAAGGUUAAACAUUAUGUUGUUUAGGAGAGCAUCAUUAAUAGUCUAAAAACAUUGUUGCAUAAUCCAACUAUAGAUAGAUCUUCGUACAAGCUAUAUAAGCAAUUUGAAGAUUCCUCAAUUAUAUUUUAGUAUUGUAUUUAAUGCAUUCUAUGAGCUGUGGGUUUAAAUGAAUGAAGCAUUGUGGAAAGACUGCAUGGGAGCUCUUCAUAAGAAACACUAUAUAUUUACAAUAAAGACAAUAAUCUUGGAUAGCAUUCUAUUACAUUUAAGGGAAAUAACAACUUUUCUGUGUUUGUCCUUUAUGCAUCAUGUAUUAAUAUUUUUGGAAAGUUCACUUUAAAAAAAAUAAAUAGAUAGUAUUGCAUAAUCAUUAACAGAGAAUGUUGAUGCACGCAAGAUGGGUGAAGAAAACUUGAUUUAAUUCCGUUCUUAACUUUUCUCAGUUAUUUUUGGAAAGAGUCACGUUUUAAUAGUAGUCUGUACAAUAGUUCUCUAAUCAGUUAAGAGUCAAGUUAUUUAAUGAAUGUAUUAGGAAUCCAGUUAAAGAAUGACUCCUUUCUUCUCUUAUAAAGAUGACACGAGGUCGUAAUGGGGUUCGUUUUUGAAACGUAUUUUCAAUCAAUUUUGUUUUAGGUUAUUGGGGUGUCGCCUUAUCCUACCAUUUCUCUUAAAUCCGUCCCCUACAUCCAUUUUUCCUCUUGAUCUCCUUUGCCGAAAGUCUGGGGUACCAGUCUGCGAUCUAUGAACUGAAAACCCCUUUUUGCAUUAGUUGUAUCCCUCUCCAUCAGAGUUUAUGACCUACUUCAUCAUUUCAUAAAAAUCUCAUCCACUUUGUCAUCUUUUUAAAAACACAUGAAAACCUUUUUAUCUCAGAACAGUUUCCCUCCGAAAUUACGUAUAUUUCUUGUCACAUAAAUAGCAUUGAUGGUUUGCAGCAUAAUAAGCCUCUGAAGAUUGCAACAUAUCUUCUUUCUCCAUUGGCUCCAUCUUAGCUGAACCUCAGCGAUCUGAAUUUUAUGUUGCCACUGUACAACCAGGUUAAGGCAUAACUACGGUUAAAUUUCUUGGGAGUCAAAGCAUCAAAGUAAUGAGGUGUUGUCACUACAUAACAAGGUUAAGGCAUAUUAUGAUCGAAUCUCCUGAGAGAAGAAGAAUCAAAGUAAUGAGUGUUUCAGUGUUUCUCAUUCCUCCCAACAUAGAUUACAAAUGAUAUGGAUGGUAUGAUUUAAAGUAACUAAUUUUUCCCAUUUAGUGUCUCUCAUGCAGAAUUUUCCGGCACUAAAAAUUUAUUUUUGAAUGAAAAGAGCGUUUUUGAAUGACAACUUGGAAGCUCAUUCCUUUUUCUUAGUCUCUAACCCCACAUGUCCUGAUCUGCCAUUUGUGCUGGCUUCUUAUCAUUUUUUCGAUAAGCUGUAUGGUAGUUUUACUGUUUCUUUCUAUAGAUCUGUCCUUGUUUGUACUAGAAUGAAGAUGGUAAUGUGUAGGUUAAUUAUUUCUUCAUCCCAUCACCGCCUCAUUACGCUCAAAAUUCAAGCUGAAUGACAGAUGGUGAUUGCAGAUAUUUUGUUACAUCUUUUGUGAGAUAUGUUUUUUAUAAUAAACUCGUUGAUAUCACUGAUGAUCGAUUUUGCAUCCCCAGGUAUUGUACAAGCACAAGAUUAUUGUUUUUGGAGGUUUCUAUGAUACCCUCAGAGAAGUAAGGUCGUUGCAUUGGUCCAUAUUGGUUGUGGUUGGUCAUAAUAUUUACCUUUAUCAAUUGUCUUAUGCUAUUAGCUCAUUGUGCUGUCUAUUCUCUAUUUGACCAAAAAAAUUCUAGAAAGUGCCAUGCCUGUCAAGUUGGGAUCAUUGUGCGAAUUGUAGUUUGUAACUGAGGGUUACGAAGUAUUUGAUACUUAUUUGUGAUGUACCUCUUAAGUUGACAAUGCCCAAGAGGUACCGUUCACUUUCCACUUGGCUUAUGGAUUGAAGAAAUAAAAAAAAAACUUCUUGAUGUGUGGUCAGCUCCUGGUCUCAUUGUUACGCUCAAAAUGAUUCAAUUACAUUAAAUGGAAAAUCUCAGAUUAUUGUUCAAAUAAAAUAUCUCUGUUAGAAGUAUAGAAGGUCAGCAUUAUGGUUGAUCUGGUAUGAUAUCUCCUCAUUGAGCUCUAUCUGAUGACAAACUGGUCAUUUAAAUAACUAUGUUGAGCUGCGUUGGUCAAGCUCUUGCAUGAUAAUCUGGACUGGAGUUUCUUCUCUUUGUGUGCUUUGUAAAUAUUUUCUUGUAUGCCUUCUCUGAAGGAUCCACUUAGGCUCCUAUGAGAACUUGAAAUGGGUUGGGAGUCCAGUUAAUUUUCAUAGAUUUGAAGUGCCCGGGGAAGAUGAUCUUUUUAUUUUAGGUCUGUCAUUGCUCACAAGGUAACCAAUCACUUGUCCCUGUGUGACAGCUACUCUUUCAUAGGGUUUUUCUCUAUAUUUAAAAAGUGUCAGCCAGUACGAGAAUUUUGUGAGGAAUGGGGUUGUUCUAGUAUCUUAGUUUCCUUGGGGUCGAUGCAAGCUAAUCUACACUCCCUUGUUAUGGAUUUCUGUUCGUUGUAUAUGGAGUUCUAUGAGGGUUGGUUUUAUGUUAACUUGUAUGUCACUUUAUUUAGGUUUAAUGGCCGAUUAAUACAUUAUUCGCUUUCAAAAAAUUGGUUACAUUAUAGCUUGUGAAUGUUAGCUAACACAUAUGUUUCGUUUGAUGGGGGAGCCUUCAUUUGUUCUUUUCUGCGCUCAAGUAUAAGUUCUACAUUUUUUUUCACCUUCGUACGAUAUUUAUUGCGCUUGCAGAAAUGAACAAUACAUUGAUAGUUGAAACGAAUAUCCCAUGUUUUGAAUCUAACUAAUUGCACUUUGCUGCAAGCUAAGAUAUAGGGGCAUGUCUUUAUCUUAUCUCUUUAGUAUGCAGCUGUUAUUUUUACGUUACACUGUACUCAAUCCUAGUCCAUUGUGUUGUUUUCCAAUAAGAAAGGAUAGGCUGCCCUUCCAAGGCAUGGCGUAGGCUAGAAUUCCUCUCCCUUGUGAGUUUCUUUUCGGCGCUGUAAUAUAGAUUGCCAAACUUAAUUGUGUGUUACUGCUGUCACCAAAAACAACUUGAUAUUUUCCUUUAAUGUUGCCAUGUCUGAGCUACCCACGUACACAUGGAUACUAGGGGCAGUAAGGUUAAGGGCAAUAUAUGCUUGAUUCCUUUAUAGCAAGAUGAAUGAGUUGUGUUGCUGUUCAAGCAUCUUCUGAUUUUUCACGAGGUUUCUUCAUUUAUUUUUCAGGUACUUCAAUGAUCUACAUGUAUUCGAUCUAGAUCAGUUCAAGGUUUUUUCUCAAACUUUUAUCCUAAGAACAAGUAACCUUUUUCUCAUGUUGUUUCUAAAGUUCCUUCUACUAUACUUUUAGUGGCAAGAGAUAAAACCUAAGCUUGGAUGCUUGUGGCCUACUGCAAGAAGUGGAUUUCAGCUCUUUGUAUUUCAGGAUGAGGCAAGUUGACCGAAUUUUAUUUCUUGUUGCAUUCAUAUUACUCUGCAUGGGAAUAUUGGUUUUGCUCUGCUAUUUUGAAUCACUUCAGGUAUUUCCUAUUGUUUUUCACGCAUGUAGCUAUAGAACUUGUACUAUGUAGUGAUUAAAUGAUGCUAGGUUUUGGUUGUGAGGUAUGACCAUUUGGAAUACUCAUAGGCAGAAACAGGUUUGGAUCCUGAAUCAGCUCGUCUGGUCCCUUUUGUAAUCAUAUUGGUCAAAUGGCCUGAUCCAAUUUAAAGCAGAAAAACUAAUAAUAUUACAAUUUUUAGAUGUCUUUAUUUAUUGAAAGUGUUACAUAGCAGUUUUUUUUACGAUAAGCGCCAUUCUGAGAAAUUUCCUUAUGUGUUUAGAAGGGGGGUUUCAUUCUCUUUGCUGCCAUUUCUUUCCUUUUCUUUGAAGGAGGUAUGGGGUUCCCCUCACUGAAUUAGAUUAGAGACAACGAUUUAGUGAACCUAGGGGAAAUUAGAUGAUGAAUGAGUUAAUGUUUCAAUAUUUUGGUUAAAUAUUAGUUUUCAAAAAAUAAAUUGUUCGCCAAAAGUCAGGGGAUCAUAUCAUAAGGAUCUAAAUGGUGUGGGGGUAAGUCACUUUCAUGAUUGUAAAAUUGGAAGCAUAAUUUAAAUUGACAUGACAUGCUUUUAUUACUACUGUUUAUAAUCAUUUUUUUCUUACUUAUUGCAUGGUUCUUAAUUCCGUCCCUUGUUGAGCCUAUUAUUAAUCAAAAGAUUAAGCAACCUAUAUUUCCUGAUGCGAAAAGCUGAUUUCACUUGUAUAAGCAGGUAUUUCUAUAUGGGGGUUAUUCAAAAGAAGUCACAUCUGACAAAAAUGGCUCAGAAAAGGGAAUAGUUCAUUCAGACAUGUGGUCCCUUGACACUCGUACCUGGGAGUGGCGAAAGGUAACAGACGUAAAAAGUUUCAGAUUUAUAGUUUUGAUGUGAUUGAAAUUAUCUCCCCAUUGCUGUCUAGUGUUAUUAUUCCAUGUUUCUACUUGUCUCUGUGUAGUUCAGAAUGACUACAGAACCUAGUUUCUGUUGUCAAAAAAAUUGGCAAUAGAACAUACUCUUCAUCUUUCACUGUGUUCAGUGCGAACUUUGGCCUCUUUCUCUGCUCAUGACCAGGGAGAGAGAGGGAAGGUGAUCUCUUGAAGCCAUAGUAGUGGCAUCGGGACUAAGACAUCUCCUUCCAGCUUUUAUUAUCAGAGCUGGAAGAAGGGGCCCUUGGGUUCCCUUUAAAACUCUCUUUCAAGAUUUUUUUUUUUUUUUUUUUUGAAGAAAUUUGAUUGAGUGCUAGAUGUUUGACCUCUUUCUGAGGUUACAUAAGUGGGAUCUCAUUUGCACAAGGGGUGAGGAUGACAUGGAAGAUUAAAGAUCUCUUUUGAAGAGGGGACGUGAUAAUACUGAAGAUAGACUUCAGUGCGCUCAUCAGAUUUGAAGAAGGCGGUUGAUUUGUAUUGGGCUGGAAGAGCCUUUGAGUUCAUGAAGUUAGAAGAUCUGCUCAAUAGUAGUAGGACGUGUAGACCUCCAUGUUGUGCGCCAUGAGGUGUUCCUGCAAGACGAGUUUGCUGCAGUAAGUGGUUCUAAGAAAUAAAUAAAAUGAUAUAAAGUGGUGAGAAAAGAAUGGUUAAGGCAGUGAGGAGGAUAGAACUAUGUUGGAGCAUGACAAUAAGCCCAAAUAUAAACUUGUCUUCUUAGUGUUGCACACGUCUAAUCCCUUUGGCCAAGAUUUUGUUAGUACCAUCAGUUGCCGUACUUCUUCUAAGUAGGUAAGGGACCUUUCACCCCACGAGGAAUGACUUGGUUUCUUUUUCUAACUCUUUUCUUUUCUCUUAUUCUCUCUCUUUUUUUUUUAACUCUCUCUUUCAAGAUAUAAAACAUCAAGAGGUUUCUGUAGGAAAUCAAUCCCCGAGGAAAAUAAUAAUAAAAUAAGUGAUUCCUAUCUAAGUUUACUAUUUCAGUAAAGCUGUUUGCAGAAGUACCUGGCAAGAUCUUAGGUAGGAGAAGCAUCUGGUACCAAUGACGAAUUGAGAUUGCAAUCAGGCAAGGUGAUAAACCAUGUUUUUGAAAGACCUUGAAAAAAUGUUGCAUACGAGACGGUUUGUAGUACAAAGGGAGGAUUGUAAGGUAAUUUUGCUGAAGGAGAUCCCAUCUUGUAAUUACUGUCAAGUUGAUAGUCGGAGAUUAUUUCAUGGAGUAAUGCCUAUUUCCUUUGUAUUUCCUCUUUUUUAUUUUCAUAAUUUCAGUUUAACGUUUAAUGUGUCUUUUCUUGCCAUAUAUUUUUUAUAGAAAUACGACUACAUUUUUUCCAGUCAUUUGUGAUAUCUCUCCCUAUCGAUUUCUUUAAUUUCUUAAAACUUCUGACCAUCAUAAUUCGUUGCAAGUGCGACUUUUUUUUUCUCUAUACGCUAAUAGCCCAGGUUUUUGCUAUGUAGCAUGGUAGUUUGAUGAAAUUAUGCAUUCCUAGCACAUUCAAUUUCUUCUCCUAUGAUCUAUUAUUCAAGGAAAUAUCAUAAAUUUCGAUAGGUUAAGAAAGCUGGGAUGCCACCAGGGCCUCGUGCUGGGUUUUCAAUGUGCCUGCACAAGAAACGAGCAGUAAUGUUUGGAGGUGUUGUGGAUAUGGAAGUUACAGGUCAGUUGUCAUGCAGUGCACACGUCUUCAUUUGUUGAAAUUUUACCUACCUUUUCUUGUCUUCUCUUGUCUGCUUCAUUUCUCAUAAGCGUUCAUCUAUAAUUAAUAUUUUAAACUCGUUCAAAAAUCUUCUAGCUUUCGUACUCACAAAUAUCAUCAAAUAAACUUUUAAAUGGCAUGCUUAUAUUUUUAUUCUAUUUAAAGUUUGUCUGGUUUGAUAGUUUUCUCGACUCCAAUGACUUGUAGAAGAAUCAAUUGGAAUGUGGCUUGUGUCAUUGUGUACUAACAUGUUUCCUUAUUAUUAAUGUUGAUCGUACAAUUUUCAUAGAAAACAUGGCUAUUUGCCUGAUUUUCCUUCCAGUGAGAGCAAAUGAGAUCAUGUGGCAUCCAGAGCUCAUGCCCUUGCAGAAAUCAAACUUCCACUUUUCUGUAGCUGUAGCACUGCGGCAUACUUCUACUUGAUAGAAGAUGUGCCCAGAGUUUCCAGUGGAAUUUUCAACUUCUAGAAAUAAAAUGAUUCAUAAGCCUCGGACACAAAAGGAUCCUUUGAAUUUUUUUACUAUCUAAUCCCUAUUCUCUGCCCAGAGCAUUUGAUAUCUCUCGCUAUUAUUCCUUUCUGAGCCCCACAUCCGUCUUGAGGUAUCACGUUGUUAACCAUUUUUUGCUUCUUAGUCACCGGCUUCCUUAUGGUACCUUAUCUCAUAAAUUUUCUGAUGGCUUAGAAUUUUGUAUGCAAGUAAAUGUUCAGCAGUUUUCCAGUUGUCAUUUAAGUCUGUUGAUAUAAAGGAGCCGACCUCUGUUUUAUGGGCCGUUUUCUCUGUAGAUCUAAGUCCAUGAUAGAAUGCAUUUCUGUCGAGUGUCUCUGUUUUACUGUACUCAGCAAUCUUAUUUGAUCAUGGGAGGUCAGGAUCCUGUUUAGCAAUGUGUGGGAUGAAUUUUAUAUUGACUUAGAUUUUAAAAUAUUUCAGGACAUUUUCUUUUGGAAGGAUAAACCUUCAUUACUUAUGCAUUGAUUUUCAUAUAUACUUUUUAUUUUUACAGGAGAUGAAAUAAUGAGUUUAUUCAUGAAUGAGCUGUAUGGAUUCCAACUAGACACCAAUCGGUGGUAUGUUCUUCUAUGCGUCAUUUGCAUAAAUAGCACAAUAUUUUUGUGUGGUGGCUUUUUCGUCUAUGCUUUCACAUGGAAGAUGAGUUUUUUUAUUUUGCAACAUUUUUUACGCUGAAUUUUUUUUUUAUCGCUAGCCUUUUGCUACUGAACAUUAUUUCAUAGAUGUUGACUUGAUUCAUUGCGAAAUUCUGUGGUAGAGGAAUGGAAUGGACUCGGAAUAAGGAGUUCAAAAUCUUACUGACUUAGCUUUCAUUUUCGAUGGUUUUAUAAAUUGGGUUUGAGUUGAUAUUUUUAAAUGGUUGAGGAGUUCAAUUGUCAAUCUUCACCGCAAUUCUUAUCAAUCAUCUACACAUGUUUCAUCAAAAUUCCAUUUCCUGGUUUCAUGAAAGGAUUAAGUUUUUGUGUCUCGAUAGGAUUUCGGUUGGAGGAGAAGAACCCCCCUGAUCUUAAGUUUGAUAUGGAAAACUGACUAUUGCAAUGAGCACGACAAUACGAACAAUACACAGACGUAUAGAAGGCAUUGAUGAUGUUAUGCUGUGUUUAUCAGUGGAUAGCCGGUUCAUGAACAUCAUAUGUAUACUAUAUAGAUAUCAGGAGGAAUUUGGGCCUCCGAGUAGAAGAUUAUAGACCCUGAUCUGACUUAACCAUUGGUUAUGUUAUGUGCAUUUUUAAUUGAUGCCAGGCCUAAGAUUGCAUUGGUUAUGUGUGUGGUGACAUGCGGCAGUGGAUCUCUGAGAAACCUGUUUGCUGGUAAUCUAUAGGGAUAAUCGCCUAUGAGAGUUACUCCAGAGGAAGAGAGGAAGAAGGGCCUGAAGUGGUUGUACGUAAGGAAGUCCGGGGAUCUAGCAGAGAGGCAGUUGAGUCUUUUAGUGCUUUGGGCUCUGUUAGGUGUGUAGAGGCUGUGGAUCCCAAGCAAAAGGGAAGGUUCUUCCUUGAAUAGCAUAAGGCGAGCGUUGUGCACUGUGAAAUAGGGUCAUACGACUUGGAUUUAUACUUUGCUUUUGGAUGAGUGGAAUGUAUAGGAGGAACUUAAUGUGGAUCAUGUUUCAUUACAUAGAGUAGUUUGCUUAGUGCAUCUGGGUAAAUUCCAUUUGGGGACUCUCAACUCCUAUUUCAUAUCUUUGCAUUAAGGCAGUGGCAAUCUCCCAUCUGUGGGUAUACAUGCAACUUGAAAUUGAUGUUGUCAUUUUUGAAAUAUGAAACCCAGUUGGAUGAUAAGAUUAGGGUUGAAACGUGAUUAAGAUGAUCCCAGAGAACAUAAUGAUUACUUAGCGACUGUAUUGGAUGAAAACCCAUCUUAAAAAGGGCUAGCCCUUGAGGAGGGCUACUUGAUCUUUGGAAAAUUCCUUAUCGAAGAAAAAUGUUUGUGCGUACAAUUGAAUGUCUGCCAAUACAGACACUGGUGAUCCUACGAAAUGGUCUAACGCAGACACUUGAACCCUAUAUGUUUCUUUUUAAUUAUGCAUCAUGAUGUGCUCAUCAGACACACCAGAUUCUUUGUUUCCCCAUUGUAGGCUUUUUGUCACUUUUCUGUUUUUCGGUGUUACAUUAACUUUGUGCUUCCAUGCAUACAUACUAUUUGCUCUAUUGAUUUUUCCACUGGUUCUAAACCCUAAUGUUGGGAAUGUAUUCUAGUCAUAUAUAAGAUGAUUGAUGGUAACACGCGUAUAUAUGAGGAAUAUAAACGAAGGAAUGAAAAAAAGAAUAAAAACUACCUGUUUGACACAAACAUUUAUCGUUAAAUGGUAAACAUAUGUUCCCAAUUCUUGUGGGUUGAAUAAUCAAAUGGGUCUGUUUUGGUGCAUCUAUACUGCCAGAGGAGAGGGCCUUCUUGUUGUUAAUGGUGGUAUUUUAUGAUGUAAUAAUAAAAUUAGUUUUUCGUUUGUAGUCUUUUGUCAUCAGUUCAUCACUUUUCUCUCCCUUAACGUGAUUCUUUCUUCCAGUUCAUUUGGGGGAUAUCUUCAUAGAUGUUGUUCAUAUGCUUCACUUUUCUUGAUUUCCUCUUUGUAUAUUCCGUAGGUAUCCUUUGGAGCUGCGGAAGGAUAAAACCGCAAAAGAUAAGGUGUGGUUAUAUAUUAUCGGCGCUGAUCGAAAUGUACUAGAUUACUGGCUUGAUUUCCAUCAUCUUUCGUUGUAAUGCAUAUGCACCUCUUGGCUUUCAUUUUUGUCACAUAGGAAUGUUCAUCCCGAAUUAUUACCAAACUGUCAAGUAGUAUGCUUUCAUAAAAUUUGAGAUUUAUCUAAUUAUAGCUCAAACUUCUUCUGAAGCCAAGAGGAUCCAGGAAGCCAGAAAACGAUGACAUCAAGGACGAUCAAAAUACUGUAGAGGACUCAGAAAUCUCCGAAGUAGAUGGUGAGAAAUGCGACACCAAAGAAGUUUCUCACCACAUGGACAGAGUCCUCACUCUCAACAAUGGUGGGUUUUCAAAGGAUUACACUGAAAAUAUUCAGACCUCUGCCACCAAUCCAGAGGUUGGUUUCACGUAUUUUUGUCAGUGUACCAAGAAAUUAUUUCUCCUUUGAACUAACAGCUUCCUCAAACUUACGCCUCCCAGACAGUGAAGCCCUGUGGGCGCAUCAACGCAUGUAUGGUAGCUGGGAAAGACACGUUAUAUGUUUAUGGGGGCAUGAUGGAGGUCAAGGAUAGAGAAAUCACACUCGAUGAUCUUUACAUGCUUAAUCUCAGCAAGCUGGAUGAGUGGAAGUGCAUCAUACCGGUUUGAUUCUAUUGUAGCCUUGUAGCUUAUGAUUUCGGUGGAAAUAAAUGCUAUUAAUACUUUUUAUCGCUUAUAAAUCCUGGCAGCAUCUAUUGAUUACCUCUCUUUUUUUUAAUUACAAGUUACAGCACCUAUUAAUGCCUUCUUGCCUGGUAAUCACUUGAUAUUGCAUUGGUUUUGUCUGAAUACUGUUGCUGACAUCUCUAAUGAUGAAUAUGGCUCAGCAUUUAUGACUUCAGCUUUUGGUAGCAUAUGCAUCUGCUCCGGGGACUCUUUUCCUUCUCCUUUCAUUCUUUUGGCUUUGGUUGGUCUGAUAUUUGGCUAAUCAGAGUAAGUUCCAACUAAAUUAUCUCCACUGUCAGGCUUCCAGUUCUGAAUGGUUAGAAGUCACUGAUGAGAACGAUGACGAAGAUGACAGCGAAGAUGACGACAGCCAGAGUGGAGACGACAGCGAUGAGACAGAAGAAGAUGAAGAGGUGCAGCAGGUCUUCCAUCUGCAUUUCCAAAUAUAGUUACAAUAUGAUGAUCUUCACCAAAUUCUCUUUUGCUUUGAAUGCUUUGUAAGGCCGGGGAUAAUGGGGAAUCAACGAUGAACACGGAAGAUGCUGUUGCUAUACUGAAGGGUGAGGGGAAGAAUCUCCGGAGGAAAGAGAAGAGGAUGAGGAUAGAGCAGAUACGAGUCACUCUCGGCCUCUCUGACUCCCAAAGGACUCCCAUGGUACUCAACAUGCUGAGUAUUUUUUCAAAUCUUUCCUUUAUCUUCUAUCAGGUUUCCAAGGUUUACUAGUGGGAGCUCUUUAUGUUCUGGUACUUAAGAGGCAUAAGAUUCCUCAAAGAAGCUCCUGCCGAUUUUUCUGUGGGAGAGCAGAAACUACAAGCAAUGAGUCUGCAUUCGUGUUUUACCUCGAUUUUAUGCUUAAGAAAUUUACUUUUUUGGAUAAUUAAUUGCGCUGCAUGAUCUUUUUUUUAUUUCUCUCUCUCUCUCCUCUCUCACAGCCUGGAGAAACACUGAAGGAUUUUUACAGAAGAACCAAUUUGUACUGGCAGAUGGCCGCCCAUGAACACACUCAACAUACGGGAAAGGUGAGCUUUUCUUAGCUGUGAUCGGUGUGACUAUAUGCAUCCAUCUCCCUUUUUUUAUAAAAAGCUUAUUUUUUCAGAGAAUUUUUCCUUUUAUUGUAAAAUAAACCGGACAAACAUUUGAUUAAAUCUUCUUCAGUAUUUAAAUCGACUACGGUAUAUCCUAAGGUCUUAGUAAAUGGAUCGAAAAAUAACAUCUCGCUAUCUACUUAUAUGACAUUGACGUGUUUUCAGUUUUUGAGUCAUUUAAUUCUGAUCCCAUCAACCAUUUUCUCUUGCAUGAAAAAUUAUAUAUAAUCAUUUCUUGGUGAUUGAAAAAUAUUAUACCCACGUGCUUUGAAACUCUCAGGAACUUCGCAAGGAUGGUUUUGAUCUCGCUGAGGCCCGGUUUAAGGAGCUGAAGCCAGUGCUCGAUGAGGUGGCCCAUCCUAUACACUAGCUCAAAAAUCAUUUCCUUAAAGGGGUGUUGACCUGCAUCUUUUCUCCCUUCUCCCAGCUUGCGAUUCUGGAGGCUGACCAGAAGGCCGAAGAAGAAGAGAGCGCCGAAGCGAGCUCGAGGAAGAACAGCAAGAGCACAAAUAGACGCCCUUCACAGAGAUGA